CGAUGAUCCAGCGUUGUCUUCUAACGGGGAAGCUAUCACUCUUUGGUGGGCGUAUCGGUGCUCACAAAUGAAUUUUCUAUCAAACUGAAGCUGUGAAGCCGAUCAGGGACCUUUAAUCGAUCUCAGGGACAAUGUUUCGUUGGACAUACGUAGGUGUCAACACAAGUAUUGAAGGUGCAGGUGGUCAGGGUUGCGUUGACUAUAUUCCAACUGCAAGGAGAUUCCUGGAGUCUGUAUUUGUUUGCAUCAUGUUUUCUUACACUGCAUACUGGUCAUACCUAAAACUAAAAGUUGAGAUUCCACGACAACAGAGUGAACCCGUAAAGCUGAGACAGGCAAUUCUUGUGGUGCACUCUUUUGUAUUUGGAAUAGAAUUUGGAUUUAAGUUGGCAACUAGCACACUUAUAUGGAUAUUGAACCCAUGCCAUAUCAUAACAGUAUUGCAGGUAGGAUUUGGAGAUGUUUUCAACGUAGGAAUUUUUUCUGUGUUUAUGAGGUAG